UCGAUAUACUACACAUGAAUCGAUAUCGAUGUUUGAUUUCUAGUUUUUUAGGUUAGCCUUGUUUGUUUUGCUUUGCUAUACAAGAAGCCAGAUUUCUAGGUUAUUUGCUGGAAGUGAGUGUAUAUAAAAUUAAUAUCACUUUAUAUAAAUCUAUUUUAAUACCGUAGAUGUUUUUUGGUGCUGAAAACUCUUAUGAUACGUCAACAUGUUCAUCAAACAACUUAUUGACGGUGACGUCAAAACUAAGUUUGUUCUCAUAAAAGAUGAUUUUUCGAGUCGAAGCAGCCUGAUUAUCAGCAAGCUGAUUGAAAAAUAUUUACAGAGGAGUCGAGAAAUUCAUGUAUUUUGCUUUGAAAGCUCUCCCAAUUACUUGAGGAGCUUAUUUUCUAUCAAGAGUCAUGAUAGAGUUCAUUUUCAUGACGUUUUCUCAGAAUGUGGAGGUUGGCUAGGUGAUGAAACAGAUUUAAAAACUAAAACCCAGUUCACAAGUCUAAAGCAGUCAUGUAUGAAAGUGUCCAGCAAAGAAAGUGCUGCAGGUUCAUUGAUAAUAAUAGACUCGUUAUCUUACUUUUUGAUGACUGAACCACUCCAGCGAGUUUCUUGGAAUCUUCAAAAUCUACUCACAAGCUGUUUUUUUAAAGAUGAAACUACUACCUUACCAAUUGCCAACCCCAGUCUUCUUGUUGGUUUAUCAUUUAGAGGAACGCUCGAGGAUCAAGGCCGUAAGGAAAGUUGGAUAGAGUCCAACGCGGAUGCAGUCAUCAAUGUUAUGCAAAAUACUAAGGAUUUAUUUGUGAAAAUUGAACACAAGAAAGGCAAUGGAGGACUGACGGUCAAGUUUGAGAAAGUGUGGGCUGGGGAAAAUGGUAUCCUAAGGAAUGAAGAGUGCGCGGAGAAUGCAUCAACUAGUCAAAAACAUUCCAACGAAUCCGAAAAUUUACCUGACAAUUUGACCACAUUCAAGCUUGAUCUGCGGGAAGAGGAGAAGCUGGCUCGAAGUCAACUCAAACUUCCGUUUCUCAAGGACGAAGAAGAGAAACAGCCGCAGAAACAGACUGGUAUGAUAUAUUAUACUGCUGAUGAUAAUGACGAUGAUGAAGAAGACCCAGAUGAUGAUUUGGAAAUUUGAAUAAAGAAUCAGAAUGCGGGGUCUAUUGGCGGCUAAUGGUGGGUUUUCGUUUGUGCGUAAACUGCUGACGUGGACCACGACAAGCAUUGUUGUCGGGUGACAUUUAUAUUUUCCAAAUUUCAAAUGUAGGUACUAAAAAAAAGUUUGUCAAAUAACUUUUGACUUUGUUAAAUAAACACGUUUUGAAUAAUAUCAACACAUCACCAUUUUAAAGUAAAAACCUAACCUCCCCCUUUAAAGAACAACUAAACAGAACCUUUUAGGUUAUUGGACAAAUUGAUAUCCAGCCGAUCCUAGAUCCUCCCCUUGUCGUGGUCGAAGACGGCAUUUACGCACAAACAAAACGCACCUUCACUUGUAAAGAUUGUUACAAGACUGUGAAUAAAUAUAACUUUGUAAGUUUCAUUAUUUGA